AGAUGGAUGAGGUCAUAUGACGUCAGGGUACACCCUGCAACGCCGUCAUCGGAUGACAAAAUAAAUAGCACUAUAUCUGAUCAAGCCUGUAGUCUUAAAUUAUUCACAUAUAUUCACUGCUGCGCACCAACGUGCAUGUACAUCUUUAUAGAAAUUGCGCUAUGAUUUGGACGAUACUUUUGCUUGUCCAGGGCAUUCUUCUCUUAUUCGUACUUGUUUCGAAACGCUCCAGGUCAGAGAAAGAGCCACCUUUAGACAAAGGAGUUAUUCCAUGGUUAGGCCACGCCCUUGAGUUUGGAAGAGAUGCUGCCAAGUUUCUAAACCGAAUGAAGGUGAAGCAUGGAGAUAUCUUCACGGUGCGUGUGGCUGGGCGCUAUGUGACAGUGCUACUGGACCCCAGCUCUUAUGAUGCUGUGAUAGAGGACUCUGUGUCCCUAGACUUCACACGCUACGCACAGGUUCUCAUGGACAGAAUAUUCAGCCUGCGGCUCCCCCAUCACAACCCUGCUGUAGAGAAGGCCCUAACAAAACAGCACUUUGAGGGCGGGAGCCUAUCCUGCCUGAGCAGCACCAUGCACUGCCACCUCCAGUCCCUGCUGCUGCAAGCCCAGAGGCCCUGUCACAACCAGACCGACUGGAACACGGACGGGCUCUUCAGCUUCUGUUACAGUCUUCUCUUCAGGGCAGGGUACCUCACACUUUUUGGAGGGGAGCAGAACAACAACAGAACAGACCCCACUGACGUCUAUGAGGAGUACCGGAAGUUUGACAACCUCCUGGCCAAAAUGGCCAGGACCACACUGAAACCAGAGGAGAAGAGGACCGCCCAGAGUGUAAGGGGGCGUCUGUGGGAGUUGUUGGCCCCGGCGGGGCUGGGAGAGGGCUCCGGGUCCAGCCCCUGGCUGAGAGACUACAGGCACCUUUUGCAGGAAGAGGGAGCUGACGAGGAAACUCAGAGGAGAGCCCUGCUGCUGCAGCUGUGGGCCACACAGGGUAACGUUGGACCUGCUGCAUUCUGGCUGUUGGGUUUCCUGUUGACAAACCCUGAGGCCAUGAGGGCGGUGAGAAGAGAGUUCAGCAGCAUCUCCGAGCAGGACUCGGCACAGUGUCCCCUACUGGACAGGCUGCAGCACACACCUGUGUUUGACAGUGCCUUAGAGGAGACUCUGAGGCUCAGUGCUGCCCCGUUCAUCACCAGAGAGGUAGUGCAGGAAAAGACCCUGCAAAUGGCCAAUGGGCAGGAGUACCAGCUCAGGAGGGGGGACAGAGUGUGUCUGUUCCCCUUCAUUAGCCCUCAGAUGGACCCUGAGAUCCACCAGGAACCACAGAGAUUCAAGUAUGAACGCUUCCUCAACAAGGACGGAUCUGUGAAGAAGGACUUCUUUAAAGGAGGGAGACGGCUCAAGUACUACACCAUGCCAUGGGGCGCAGGCACCAAUGGCUGUGUGGGCAAACGCUUUGCCAUCAGCUCCAUCAGACAGUUUGUGUACCUGGUCCUGUCUCAUCUGGAACUGGAGCUGUGUGACUCAGAGGCUCAGAUGCCAGAGGUGAACACCAGUCGCUUUGGGUUUGGAAUGUUGCAGCCUGAAGGAGACCUGGCCAUCAGAUAUAAACCUAGACAUUCACAUUGAAGACGUGAAGUCUGGUUUGUGAAGUUUAGGCUAAUUUAAAAAAAUGUAUGACAUAUGUCAAUAUAAUGUAUUGUAUCUAUUUUUGUAUCAGCACAAAU